CAAAUACUUAGGAGCCCUAUCAUCCAUGGUCCCUGGCGAUUUGUUUUUCAAGAUCUUUCCAGCAUAGUUUGGUCAUGGAUACCGACCAGCAUGGGAGCGUCGAGGCAGCAUUCAGUCUCCCGAACGAGUUGAUCGCUAUAGUUUUCGAUGAACUCGAUAUAGUAUCUCUUCUGAGAUGCAAGCAAGUAUGCCGAUUGUUUCGUUCAGUCAUCACCACCAACGCGCAACUUCUCUACAAAGCCGAGUUGUUUUUCGGACAGUUCGAGAAUGGACGCCACUGUAAUCUUGAUACUGCCGGCCGCCUUCGUGCCUGUCGACAAUACCAACAGGCUUGGAACAACUUAUCUUUUCCAGACUCCAAAUUCAUAGAUAUGCAGGAUGGUCAUGCUUGGGAACUGUCCGGGGGAGUAUUGUGUCAAACUAUGCAGUCACGGUCAGGGCUUGCUUGCGUACAACUUCCCUGCAAAAUUAAAGACAUUCCCGAGCGGGAAUGGAUUAUCAAUGAUUUUGGAUUUGAGAUCCGAGAUUUCACGGUCGAUACAUCUCAGGACUUGAUUGUCGCUUUGGAAGUAGUAGGUUCCAUCCCGAACCGGACAUGCAACGUACACCUGAGAACCUUAAUGACCGGCGAGCAUCAUCCAAUGACUGCCGUGCCCUUUGUGACGCACCUGCUAUCAGACAUGCAUGAGGAGCUUAGAUUCCUCAUUCAAGUUUGUGGUUCGCGCAUUGCAGUGCUGUGCCAAGAUCGUGGGGAUGAUCCCAACUCUCGGCUGGUUGUCUGGGACUGGAAAUCGGGUCAGCAGAAGCUCUUCAUUCGAGACGCGGACCUUCGAUCUUUUUCUUUCGUCACAGAAAACUUGAUUUUAGUCGGCAUCGUGGAGAGUGACGAGACGCCCCCCCGUCUGGACAUCCUCAGUAUUGACAGCUUCGGUAAAGAGAUGGCGGAAUAUAAGGAUGUCAGCUACAUUUGUGGCCUGGAGUAUCCGAAGAUGAAGGCCGACGUUCUAGAUAUGUUGAUUCGAUCGGAGCCGACUCCAGCAUGGUCCCCAUCUCCAACUGUUCCAACUCCCUUCUUCUUCGCUCGCAGUGACCGCAUCUUUACCAUCACCAUGCGGAUCUCCCCCGAAAGCAAUUCCACCGAAGAGUGUACUGUGCUGAUCGUCCCCUUAUCCACCAUCAUGGCUCAGGUUGAAUUGUCUCGCAAUACACGAAAACGUAUUGUCCCAUGGAUGCGGUGGGGCCCGAAUGGCUCUUAUAUGCUCCUUCGCAGCCCGGCCGAAGUCUGGGUUUGCUACGUCUACGGCAUGAAGUUCAUCCAACUUCUGCCAUGGAAAAAAGGAACUUCAGCAAGAGUGUAUGAUUUCAACAAGUACGCAGCGAGGAGGGAUGUUCGAAAUGAACAAACAACGGAACCGAAGCUUCUGUGGAGACGCUUAGGAAUGCCACAGUCACUAAAUUCGCGGUGUUCUGCCUUUGAUGAAGAAGUCAAGACGUAUCUCCCUGGCCGUGUUGCGACUGUGGAGGUGAUGCCGAGUGAUACAUCUUAUGACUGGGAGGCGGCUAUGAUCGGUGAAGACAACAUCGUCCUGGUUUCUCCUCAUGCAAGGAAGUAUGGCUAUAUUGCCAUGUAAAUUGAAAGCUUGUCGUUCUGAAGUGUAUGUCGUAUCUGUGAAUCCAUGCUAUGAAAUUCCCUAACAUGCUUGAAUUUCAAUCUACUUGUACUACAUUUAGUUACUUGUGCCUUACAAGAUGGAUGGUACUCUCCUGCCGUCAGUAGGCACUUAGUUUGGGCCUAUUA